GUCCCUCCCAUCAGAAAAAGAAAACGCAACUCUUAGAGAGAGAGAGAGAAAGAUGAAAAUGCGUUUAAUUGCUGUUUAGGUUUCGAAUUAGCGAUUUAAAAUUUCUGGGUUUCUGUCUGUUUAAGCUGCUUCUUCUUCAUCUUCUGCUUACGUUUCUCCUAAGAACUUUCGGAUUCUCGAAGCAAGAGUCAUUGUUCUUCUCUUGAGUGGGAAAUAAAAACUUAAAACCAUGGGAAAUAGCGAGGAACCAAAGCCUACCAAAUCAGGCAACAAGCCAUCUUCACCACCGGAUCAAACAAACGUUCAUGUCUACCCUGAUUGGGCUGCUAUGCAGGCAUAUUAUGGUCCACGAGUUGCAAUGCCCCCUUAUUACAAUUCAGCUAUGGCUGCAUCUGGUCAUCCUCCUCCCCCUUACAUGUGGAAUCCUCAGCAUAUGAUGUCACCCUAUGGAGCACCCUAUGGAGCUGUUUACCCGCAUGGAGGAGGAGUUUACGCUCAUCCUGGAAUUCCCAUGGGAUCACAGCCGCAAGGUCAAAAGGCUCCACCUUUAACGACUCCGGGGACGCAUUUGAGCAUCGACACUCCUACUAAAUCUACAGGGAACACAGACAAUGGAUUGAUGAAGAAGCUGAAAGAGUUUGAUGGACUUGCUAUGUCUCUAGGAAAUGGGAAUCCUGAAAUUGGUGCAGAUGAACAUAAACGGAACAGCUCAGAAACGGAUGGGUCAAGUGAUGGAAGUGAUGGGAAUACAACUGGGGCUGAUGAACCGAAACUUAAAAGAAGUCGAGAGGUAACUCCAACAAAAGAUGGGAAACAAUUGGUUCAGUCGAGCUCAUUUCGUUCUGUUUCUCCGUCAAGUGGUGAUACCGGCGUAAAAGUUGUUCAAGGAGCUGGAGCUAUAAUCUCCCCUGGUGUAAGUGCAAAUUCCAACCCCUUCAUGUCACAAUCUUUAGCCAUGGUUCCUCCUGAAACUUGGCUUCAGAACGAGAGAGAAUUGAAACGGGAACGAAGAAAACAGUCUAAUCGAGAAUCAGCUAGAAGGUCAAGAUUGAGGAAACAGGCCGAGACCGAAGAACUUGCUAGAAAAGUCGAAGCCCUGACAGCUGAAAACAUGGCAUUAAGAUCUGAACUAAACCAACUUAAUGAGAAAUCUGAUAAACUAAGAGGAGCAAAUGCAACCUUGUUGGACAAACUGAAAUGCUCGGAACCCGAGAAGAGUGUCCCCGGAAAUUUGUUGUCUAGAUAUAAGAACUCAGGAGCUGGAGACAAGAACAAGAACCAAGGAGACAAUGAUUCUAACUCUACAAGCAAAUUGCGUCAACUGCUUGAUACAAAGCCUCGAGCUAAUGCUGUAGCCGCGGGCUAAUCGAUCAUGAUUUGAGUGUCGAUUGCUACCUAAUUUGUCGACAUAAACAAAGAAAACAAAUGCUGCUAAUUUCAGAAAACUUGAUAGAUAGUAUAGUAGAUUGAGGAUGAUGAUUGAUCCAUAAACUUUCGGAGAGGGAGAAAGAAGCUUUUCCUCCGGAAGAAAAAAUUUGAUGUUCUGGUUGUUAAUAUAGAGAAGUUUUUUUUUUUUUUUUUUUUUUUUGGUUAUAAAUGGCUUCCUUUUUCUGCAUUUAGGCAUGAUGUAAUUUUACUGUGAAAGAUAACUUUGAACAUAUAAAAUGUUUUUGCAAUCAAUCUUGAUUUCUUGA